AUGGUGGUCACUACACUCUUUAAGACACUAAUUAAUAAAAGGGUAAGAAUAGAAUUGAAGACUGCUUUGCAAAUAACAGGAGUGUUGGAAGACAUUGAUACAUUCUUUAAUUUUAAAUUAAAAGACACAGAAAAGAUAAAUAUUCCAUUUUUAACAAAAAAUAACGUUUUUAUUCGGGGCUCUGCGAUUAAAGAAAUUUGGAUAGACGAGGAGUAUGUGAAUGUGAAAAAAUUAGAAGAUACCACCAGAAAAGCACUUUUGUACAAGAAACUUAUAGAACAAUAAAACUUAGCCAAGGAU